GCCCGAGUCCCGCGUCUGGACGGUGAUGUUGCUGCUGGGGACGUGCCUGCUGUACUGCGCCCGUGUCACCGUGCCCAUCUGCGCCGUCGCCCUGAGCACCCACUUCGACUGGGACAAGAAGCAGUCUGGCAUAGUGCUCAGCAGCUUCUUCUGGGGCUACUGCUUGACACAGAUUAUCGGAGGACAUAUCAGUGACCAAAUAGGGGGUGAGAAAGUCCUCCUCCUCUCGGCAUCAGCCUGGGGGUUCCUCACGGUCCUCACCCCACUGCUCACCCACGUCACCUCUGCCCACCUCGUUUUUAUGGCCUCCUCCAGGUUCCUCAUGGGGCUGCUGCAAGGGGUGUAUUUCCCGUCCCUGGCCAGCCUGCUGUCCCAGAAGGUCCGGGAGAGCGAGCGAGCCUUCACCUACAGCACAGUGGGGACUGGCUCGCAGUUUGGGACGCUGGUGAUCGGCGGUGCAGGAUCUCUCCUCCUGGAUUGGUACGGCUGGGAGAGCGUUUUCUACUUCUCCGGUUUGCUCGCUUUGCUCUGGGUUUACUGCACCUGCAAGUACCUACUGAGUGAGAAAGAACUCAUCAUCCCCAUAGAUUAUUUAAUGAGAGGCGUCUCGAUAUCCAAGCAGGCCAAAGUUCCCUGGAAACAGCUAUUUAAGAAGGCGCCGAUAUGGUAGGAAGCUGCGGUGGCUUUGG